GGAAACAUCCUGUGAGAGCCAGGCAGAACAUGGGCCAGGUGUUUCACUGACCUAGGGAAGAGAGGGCAGCCCCCAAGCGCACCGCGUUUUACAGCCUUGGUGGAAAAUUCCAGCCCUGCAUAAUCUCCUGGGGUUCCUGUAAGAUUGUGACACGGAGAGAGGGACCAAACAGGAAAGAAUUAGAGGAAAAAUGCCUCUCUUCUGGCAGCCACCAUGGCUGUGCCAGGAGUUAGCAGCAGCGAAGCAGCCAGCCCUGCCUCCCCCUCCUCCGGCCGCCUCUAUAAACACGCAGGGCUUACUCAGAAGAUUAGGAGGGAACAGGGCAAAAGACAACAGAGUCUCUUUUGUAAUGAGGAGGGAUUAUGGCAUCAAGUGACCGGCUGCAGCUCCCAAGUGGGUCUCAGGCUCCUUAGCACACCGUGUGGGGCAGGUCCAAUCCCCCUAUGAGCCAAGGGGGCACGAGGAGGCGGGCGGUGGCCCGGGCCACAAAGGACCCAGCGGGGACACGUGCAGGACCAAACCUCCCCAGCCUCCAGCACGGCUCAGGAGCCCAUGACUGAGCUGUGAUGACAGUGACCUACACCAACCGCGUGGCUGAUGCCCGCCUGGGCACCUUCUCCCAGCUCCUGCUCCAGUGGAAAGGCAGCAUCUACAAACUGCUCUACUCCGAGUUCCUGAUCUUCAUCUCGCUCUACUUCACCAUCAGCCUUGUCUACAGGCUGAUCCUGAGCGAGAGCCAAAGGCUGAUGUUCGAGAAGCUGGCUCUGUACUGCAACAGCUACGCCGAGCUAAUCCCCGUGUCCUUCGUGCUGGGUUUCUAUGUGGCCCUGGUGGUGUCCCGCUGGUGGGCUCAGUACGAGAGCAUCCCAUGGCCAGACCGGAUCAUGAACCUGGUGUCCUGCAACGUGGAUGGGGAGGACGAGUACGGGCGGCUCCUGCGCCGCACCCUGAUGCGCUACAGCAACCUGGUCAGCGUGCUGAUCCUGCGCUCCGUCAGCACCGCCGUCUACAAGCGCUUCCCCAGCAUGGAGCACGUCGUCAGGGCAGGCCUCAUGACACCAGAAGAGCACAAGAAGUUUGAGAGCUUGAAUUCCCCCCACAACAAGUUUUGGAUCCCAUGUGUGUGGUUCUCCAACCUGGCCGUGAAGGCAAGGAAUGACGGGAGGAUCCGGGACAGCGUGCUGCUCCAAGGCAUCCUGAAUGAGCUCAACACUUUGCGCAGCCAGUGUGGGAAACUCUAUGGAUACGACUGGAUCAGCAUCCCCCUGGUCUACACCCAGGUGGUGACCGUGGCUGUUUACAGCUUCUUCCUGGCCUGCCUGAUUGGGAGGCAAUUCCUGGAUCCAGAGAAAGCAUAUCCUGGCCACGAGCUGGAUCUCUUCGUGCCUGUCUUUACGUUUUUGCAAUUCUUCUUCUACGCUGGCUGGUUAAAGGUGGCUGAGCAGCUCAUCAACCCUUUUGGGGAGGAUGAUGAUGACUUUGAAGCCAACUGGCUCAUCGACAGGAACCUGCAGGUCUCCCUCAUGGCAGUGGAUGAGAUGCACCAGGAUUUACCCAUUCUGGAGAAGGACCUGUACUGGAACGAGCCCGAUCCCCAGCCACCCUACACUGCAGCCACCGCUGAGUACAAGCGCCCAUCCUUCCUGGGCUCCACUUUUGACAUCAGCAUGCAGAAGGAAGAGAUGGAGUUCCAGCCCCUGGAGCAGAUUAAAGAGAACGAGGAGGCCAACCACUCCACUCCCCUGCUGGGACACCUGGGCCGCCUCCUGGGUGUCCAGUCCCCAAACUUCUCCAGGUCCUCUUCCCGGAUGAACCUGCUGCGCCGGCGAGGAGAUCCCACGUCACCCUUCUCCCAUUACACCUACCAGGACAUGGGGAAGGCUGGAAGCCCUUGUGGCAUCAAUCAGCCAAGGGCAGACUCCCAGGAGCAGUGGGACAGCGAGGAGGGAAAACUGAGGGAGUUUGAUGCUUUCAUGUCCACCCCCUUUUACGAGAGGCCUGGGUUUUACAGCGCUCCACAGACGCCCAUCAGUUCCAUCCCCAUGAUCUUCCCUUCCCGACGCCAAGGGCGCAAGAAGCCCCCGGCGCUCUCCAGCAUCGCGGCGUGCUCCACUUCCCUCCGGGAUGUCAUUGUCAACACCUCCCCUUCCAGAGCCAGCGAUGUGGACAAGAGCCAGAGCUCCCUGGGCUCUGCUGCAAAGGAAACCUUUGUUUGGCCAACAGAGCGGACCAAAGGUCCUGACUUCACAGCUGUGACAGUGGAAGAAGGAAAGAGCAGCUCCAGGGAAGCUGCCACCACGGGAAGUCCAGGAGCACAGUCCACAGCAUCCAACAGCCCCAAAUUCCCCUUCCUACCGGAGCCCCCUGAACACGAGAAGCAAGGCAACUUCAGAAGCCUGAAAAGCUCCAAAGCCUCACGCCCACCCUGGUUAAACCUGGAGAACACAGCCUCAGCCACUCCCAAUUCGGAGCAUUCCAGUGCCUUUCACACCCCCAGUAACAAAACCCCCGGAGGCAGCGCCUCCCUCUGCUUCUCCUUCACUCCCGUAACCUCUCCAGUGCUGGAAAGGUCCCACAAGGGCAACCUGGGUCCUGAGGCUCGCAGCCUGAGCUUGGAAGAUGCAGCCAGCGCUCCAGACCAGCACGCAGAGGGUUCCAGGAACAUGAGAGACACUGGGAAUGGAAACCCUAACCCCCCAGCUCCUAAAGAGCCCAGGAGAGCAGAGAGUCCAUCCCCCAACGACUCUGGAAUCUCCCUAGCCGAGGGUGACUACGUGGGGCUGAUGGAGGUGAUCCUGGAGGCCAGUGAAAGCCCAGGGGAGGAGCCGAUGGAUCAGUACAGCUAAAGGGGGAAUCCAUGGGAUACCUGCCUUAUCUUGGCAGUCACCCAAACUGAGGUGCUGGACAUGUAGCUGGAGCCCAGC